UCUGAUCGUUGAAGGUUAUCUAAUAUAAAUAACACAUUUUGAUCCAUUAAAUGAGCUAAAUUAUUCAUUAUGUUUCAGACAAUGGAGCUGUUACAAGAUGCUAUAUCUCACCUGGCCAAGGCCUAUGAUGACAUGAUAGCAAUAAGUGAUCCUCGGGUGUCAGGGUGGUUGCUAAUGGAUUCCCCCAUCCCAACGAUCAUUAUCACCCUUCUGUACCUCCUCAUGGUUUGGUGGGGGCCAAAAAUCAUGAAAUCUCAUGAGCCACUGGAGAUGAAAAGAAUCAUGAUGGCUUACAACUUUGGUUGUGUAUUCUUAUCAUUUUACAUUGUUAAGGAGUGUGUUCUAUGUGGUUAUAUGGCAGGCUACAGAGUACAGUGUCAACCAGUAACAUACUCUUAUGAUGAGUGGGAAAUGAGGAUUGCAAAGGCCAUGUGGUGGUUUUACUUCUCUAAGUGCAUUGAAAUGCUUGAUACAUUCUUUUUCAUUGUACGGAAGAAGAACUCUCAGCUAAGCUUCCUACAUGUUUAUCAUCAUUCAAGUAUGUUCUUACUAUGGUGGAUUGGGGUCAAGUGGGUUGCAGGGGGUCAAU